AUGGAACGCCGGGAGCGUGAUAAUUUGCGCAGCGCACUCAAGAAGGCCUGGAUUGAAUGCAUGUCGUGUGGCGUGGAACAUGACGACACUGGCUUACAGAACCUACUCUGGGAUAGGGAACAGCAUAAAUGUUAUUUGAUCGAUUUCGAGCAUUUUGAUACGCCCAGUAGCAAAUCUGUGACCUGGCGGGAUAGGAACUAUCUAGCGUGGAAUCUGGCACAAGCACCCAAUUUCGCCGACUUCGAUGAUAUGUCGACAUGGAUAUUAUGA